UAUAAUCAUUCUUUUUCGGCGAGCUGUCACCGUUUACGGAACGUCUCUCCGACGGUUCGCCUAUUUAAUCCGUAGUUAUCACUACUGAUUCCAAUUAUUUUUUGUAAAUAAUACAAAAUAAUAGUUUAAAAUGCCGCCCAAAUUCGACCCUAACGAAGUUAAAAUCGUGAACUUGAGAUGUAUUGGAGGAGAAGUUGGAGCUACAUCAUCGUUAGCUCCUAAGAUUGGUCCUCUUGGUCUCUCCCCAAAAAAAGUGGGGGAUGACAUAGCAAAGGCAACUAGUGACUGGAAAGGACUAAAGAUUACUGUGCAGUUGGUAGUACAAAACAGACAAGCACAGAUCUCUGUUGUGCCUUCUGCUGCUGCCCUGAUCAUUAGAGCUUUAAAAGAACCCCCACGUGACCGCAAGAAGCAAAAGAACAUUAAGCACAGUGGAAACAUCACAUUGGAAGAUGUCAUUGGUAUUGCUAAAGUCAUGAGAGCCAGGUCAAUGGCACGUUAUCUGUCUGGAACAGUCAAAGAAAUCCUUGGUACAUCUCAAUCUGUUGGCUGCACAAUAGAUGGUAGACCACCACAUGACCUUAUUAAUGACAUCAACAGUGGUGCUCUUACUAUUGAUGAAUAAACUAUAAAAUAAUCUUA